GCGUCUCCCUCGCCCUGGCCAUGCUGCUGUUAUGCACCGUCGCCUGUUGCCUUCACUGCUGGCUGAAAAGACGAAGGCUCUCCUCCUCCUCACCAUCACGCACGCUAGCCGUGUUUGCUCUCAGCGACACACAUCCCGCCUACGAGGGAGAAGCAGCCAAAAUCCAUCCUCACUUCCAGAUUCCAGAGCGGGGCUCUUCCGACGCCGGCUUUGCGGUGGUGGUGGGGAGCGGACCCCCUCCUGCCUACAAGGAGGCCGCGAUGCAAGAAGGGUGCCGGGCCCUCAGGACCACGAGGGGUGCAGUGAUACCCCCGGAUUUACACCUGUAAGGAGCACAGGGGCCACCCCCUGUCUCGUGGCUUGACUUACCUG